CGGCGGCUUCGCGCCCGGCGCGGCUGCUUCCGGCAGCGGAGGCCGCGAUGGCGGCGGCCGGCGGGGACGGGGGGGGCGGGCGGCGGUAGGGCCAUGGGCAACCUGCUGGGCCCCGCCGCGCCCCGGGCCCCGCGCCGCGGGGAAGCGCUCGGCAGCCCCGGCAGCUUCGACGAGCUGCACCGGCAGUGCAAAGAGGUUUUCCCGCAGCAGAUGGAAGGAGUGAAGCUCAUCGUCAACAAGACCCUGAGCAGCCACUUCCAGGUGACACACACGGUUCACAUGAGCACCCUUGGGCCCUCCAACUACCACUUCAAUGCCACCUUUGUAGGUGACAGGCAGCUCAGCCCCACCGAGGUGUUCCCCACGCUGGUUGGGGACAUGGACAACAGCGGCAGCCUCAACGCCCAGGUGCUGCACCUCGUGGCCGAGCGCCUGCGCACCAAAGCUGUCUUCCAGACUCACCAGGCCAAGUUCGUCACCUGGCAGUUCGACGGCGAGUACCGGGGGGACGACUGCACUGCCACCCUCACCCUGGGCAACCCUGACCUGCUGGGCGAGUCUGUGAUCCUGGUGGCUCACUUCCUGCAGAGCGUCUCCCCCCGCCUGGUGCUGGGGGGGGAGAUGGUUUACCACCGGCGCCCGGGCGAGGAGGGAGCCAUCCUGACCCUGGCAGGCAAAUACACAGCUCAGAAGUGGGUGGCGACGCUGAACGUCGGCUACGGCGGUGCCCACGCCAGCUACUACCACCGAGCCAACGAGCAGGUGCAGGUGGGGGUGGAGCUGGAGGCCAACACGCGGCUGCAGGACACCACCUUCGCCUUCGGCUAUCAGCUCAACCUGCCUCAAGCCAAUGUGGUCUUCAGAGGGCUCCUGGACAGUAACUGGAGCGUGGGGGGGGUGCUGGAGAAGAAGCUGCCCCCCCUGCCUGUCACCCUGGCCCUGGGUGCCUUCCUCAACCACUGGAAGAAUCGAUUCCACUGCGGCUUCAGCGUCAUCGUGGGCUGAGGGCUGCGGGGGGGGCGGCAGCUGCCACCAUCCUGCUCAGGGAGCCGCCGUGCCGUGCCACGGAGGUGCCAGCCGGGCCUUGCUCUCGUGCCACGGUGCCGAGGGAGCCUGUGGAGGCAGGGGGGAGACCUGGUCCCCUCCCAGCUGGGGGC